AUGUCCAUUUGCAUCAAGAGGCUGUCAAGCUUCGGAGGGCCAUGGCAGUCCCGGUUUAAUGGCCAAAUGGCACAACCCCCCGCAUCCACCUCACUGUACCCACUGAAUCUCAUCCCAACGGCAUUUCAAAGAAUAGCCCAAAUGAGUACCCAGAGAGAGGAUUCAAUCCCACACGAGCUCCGCACAGCUGCAGAGCCCCGUCAGAAUAGGCGCCAUCCAGUGCAUUUAUCGCACGUUGAGCAGAUCAACCCCUCGAUCCGGCUCUUGCGGUUCAAUAUAUCACCAGAAAGCCCAUUCAGCUUUCUGCCUGGCCAAUGGCUUGACGUACAUAUCCCCUCCAUUGCCCAGGCAGGCGGUUUCACUAUCACAUCCACCCCGGCAGAUGCAAAAGCUCUACCAAUCCCCACCAGUUCGGCACUUGAAGAUCCCGCCCCAGACUCCCAAGGAAGAGCACCAUAUGUGGAACUGGCCGUCCAAAACUCACCGAAAAAUCCCUCUGCCGCAUGGCUAUGGAAACCCAAAGAGGAAAUAAUAGGUAAAGAGCUGAGUAUCCGCGUAGGAGGAAGCUUCGUCUGGCCAGGAGCCAGCGACGCCCGCAACGCAGUCUUCAUCGCUGGCGGCGUCGGUAUCAACCCGUUGAUAUCAAUGCUGUCGCACAUCAACAAUAAUGAGCCUGGAACUAAGGCUCCGGAUACUAUUCGAAUCUUGUAUACCAGUCGUCUACCGCGACAUGAAACGAUUCAAGAUGGACUGGACCAGAUACUGUUUCUUCCGCGUCUGCGUCAAAUGAUUCGGGCCCAAAAGACUUCCCAUAGGUUGCGAAUUACGCUGGAUCUGUUCCUCACAAAUAUAGAUCCGUCUGUUGAUAUGAUACUUGAUCAGCCUGAUAUUGCGAUUCAUUCAUCGCGGAUUGAGGAUUCGGACUUACGAUCUGCCGUUUACAAUGAAGAAACCGGUACAAGUGCCAAGGAUACGGUGUGCUACGUCUGUGGACCGCCGCAGAUGACUGAUUCUUUUGUCGAAAAAUUGAGAGGUAUGCUAGGAGAGGACGGGGAUAGGCGAAUCUUUUUCGAGAAAUGGUGGUAG